ACGCGGCGGCCGCCAUGCUGUCCCGGCUGCUGAAGGAGCACCAGGCCCGCCAGAGCGAGCGGCGCGAGCUGCAGGAGCGGCGGCGCCGGGAUGCGAUCGCGGCCGCCACCCGCCUCACCGAGGCCUUGGUCGAUCACCUGAACGUGGGGGUGGCCCAGGCCUACGUCAACCAGCGCAAGCUGGACCAGGAGGUGAAGACCCUGCAGGUGCAGGCGGCGCAGUUCGCCCGCCAGACCGGCCACUGGAUCGCCAUGGUGGAGAACUUCAACCAGGCCCUCAAGACCGGCCACUGGAUCGCCAUGGUGGAGAACUUCAACCAGGCCCUCAAGGAGAUCGGGGACGUGGAGAACUGGGCCCGCAGCAUCGAGCUGGACAUGAGGACCAUCGCCACCGCCCUCGAGUACGUCUACAAGGGCCAGCUGCAGCCU